ACUUUGAGACAAACAGCAGCGGGAUGCGCAGCGCGCAGCUUCCUGGGAAACGAAACUUAACGCAGCCACCGCCGCCGCAGCCGUGUCCGACGCUUCCUGGGUCGUGGAUGCGGUUCUUCAAGUCACUUCAGCGGCCAUAAGUGAACUCUGAGCCGACGGCGUGUAAAAGUUUGGAGCAGUCUCAGCCGACAGCUAGCUUCAGUGACUAGCGCCCGCUAGCAUGGAGGGCAGCGGACACACGGCGAGUGAGGAGCGGGGAGCGGAGAAGCUCAUGGACGACUACCUGAGAUCCCUCGGCUUUCACCGGAAGAGAAUCGCCAAAGACGGGUCGUGUUUGUUCCGCGCUGUCGCCGAGCAGGUUCUGCACUGUCAAAGCCUUCAUACUAAAGUUCGUACCAAAUGCGUGGAGUUCCUGAAGCAGAACAGAGAAAACUACGAGGCGUUCAUCGAGGGAGACUUUGAGCAGUACCUGUGUAAACUUCAGGAUCCUCAGCAAUGGGUCGGAGAGGUGGAGAUCAACGCUCUGGCCGCCAUCUACAAGAAGGACUUCCAGAUCUUCCAGGAGCCCGGUAAACCUCCGGUCAACAUCACAGACAACAACUUCAAGGACAAGGUGCGGUUGUGUUUUCUGAACGGGAAUCACUACGACAGUGUUUAUCCCAUCAGCCGCAUCAAGAGUGCAGCUCUGUGUCAGUCCAUCGUGUACGAGAUGUUGUACGAAGACGUGUUCAAGGUCGACCACGGCGCUCUGGCUCUGUGUCAGAGGGUCGGCCGACCCGCCGACUUCCUGAGUGACGACAGCAUGGCCGCCUGCGCCAGCAGCGACGGCUCCGACCUGGAAAACGACGAGCCGCUCUGGUUGGACAAUGGAACGAGCACUUCUACAAAACCCAACAACCAGAGCCACAGGGGUCGUGGGCGCGGUCGGCAGCUCCCUGAGAGGGUGAGACGUUCACUGAACCCGACCCUGCUGAGAAACGUGGAGUUUGACGUCUGGCACAAGAGCAAGAGAGCCCAACAGAAGAUGGAUUACUGCAUUGCUGCUGGGAUGCAAUACACUGUGGGAGACCGCUGCCAGGUUCGUCUUGAGGGCACCGGACGCAGCUACAGCGCAACUGUAAAGGAAGUUCCUCCCAACGAAAACCUGGUGAUAGUUCACAUAGAGGAACUGGGCAAGAGAUCGGUUCCUCUGUGGAGUCUGCGUCCGCCCGCUGCUGAGAACAGCUGGUGCACAGUCGUCAACAAAGACAAGAGGCUCAGUAACGGAAGCGGAGAUUGGGAGGAGAAGGGUAAAGGCCGAGGCCGGGGAAAGCCCGUCCCGCCGCCCUCCUCUGUUUCCCAGGCAUCGCCGCCGGGCUCCAGUGGGCGUGUGCUGAAGCAGCACUCGUGGCCCCCGCAGGCCACCGUAGAGGAGCAGGGAGGGGCCAAACCCAGCAGAAAGUCUGGGAGCCUGUCGGAGUUCGGUCUGACAGCCAAGCAGCGUACGGCCAAAGAGGAGGAGGAGAGAAACGUGGCGCUGGUUGAGAUCCAGCUCCGAGACGAACACAGCUUCCCCGCCCUGGGGACCGGGUCGCAGGGCGAUGGAGGGAAGAAGAAGGGAACAGAGAAGAGACCAUCCCAGAGAAACAAGACGAAGAGUCCAGUUGACGAGAUCCGAGCACCUUCACCCUCUGCUGGUGAAAGACCCAAAUCCAGCACCCCCCCACCUAUAAGCACUACAGUCACCACUGCACCUUCUACACCCACCAGCCCGAACCUGCCUGCUGCUAAACCUGCUGCUUCUCCGUCUUCAACCUGUAGCUCCACAAACACAACCGCCUCACCCUCAGGCUCCGCCCCUGGCCUGACACCCACCUGUGCUGCCCCGACGACUAAAACAAACGCACACUCUCUCCAUCCAGCUGCACGAGUCCCAACAAGUUCUCUUCCUCCUGCUGCUGCCCCGAGCGCUAAACCCUGUGUGACGGGUGGAGCUCCGUCUCAGUCUGUCCCGUGCUCUGCCGCCAUCUUCUCCUUCCACACCCCGGCUCUCCCCACUGCUUCAGCGGCCCUCUCCUCCUCUUCCUCAGUGCCUCCUAAAUCGACUGCCUCCCCUCCUCCUCCCUCCUCAAUACCACCUCCCACCUUCAUUGCUCCCAUCGCUCCCUCUCCUGCUCAGGGCUUCCUCCCUCCGUCCUCCCUCCACCGCUCCUCCCCACCCGUCUCCUCUCUCCCCCACUCCCCCAGUCCACCGUCCUCUUUCUCCUCCUCUCAUAUCCACCAUGCUGCUCAGGUCCGAGAAGCUCCAGCAGAAAAACCUUUACCAAAUUCUGGAGGAAUUUCUGUCGCGAAACCUCAGACAUCCCUGACCCCGGCCUCAUGGACCCAGGGAGAUAUUCAAACACAGCCUUGUCUUCCAAAGCAUCAGUCUCAAAAUCAGGCUGCUCUGAUCCAGAGCCAAAUCCAGAUGCCCCAGAUGCAGAAGGAGAUCCAGUCUUCGAUUCCCCUCCAGCACCAACCUCAGCCCCUCACUGAAGUGCCUCAGACCCAGGCCUCCCUCCCUCAGACCCAGGCCUCCCUCCCUCCAACCCAGGCCUACCUCCCUCCAACCCAGGCCUACCUCCCUCCAACCCAGGCCUACCUCCCUCCAACCCAGGCCUCCCUCCCUCAGAACCAGGCCUACCUCCCUCAGAACCAGGCCUACAUCCCACAGACCCAGAUGCCUGUCCCCCAGAACUCCUCCUCGCAGUCCCAGUCUGACAUGGUCCAUAUUCAGUCGUCUCACCCACAUCCAGGAGCUUCCUACCUCCACACCUCCCAGGCCUCCAUCCCAGUCUCUACCUCUGGUUAUCUCCAGCUGUCUAACCCCCAGAGCCACCCGGUUCAGCCUCCUCAUCCCUCCCAACUCCCACAUCCCUCCCUCUGUAUCCCCGCCUCACCAAACAAUCCCUCACUCCAAACCCAGAAUCAUACCGAAUCCCCACAGCACCCACCUCAGCCCGAGUCCCCGGCUCGACCUCCCUCCCAUCCGGGGCACCAUCCUCACCCCGCUCAUCACCCUCACUUCCUCUCUGCACCUCACCCCCAGUCCAUCCAAGGAGCUGUUCCUCUGCAGAACUUGUCCCAGCUCUACCAGGACCCCCUGUACCCUGGUUUCCCCCUGGGACACAAGGGCGACAUGGUCCCGACUCCACUCUGCUCCUCCAUUAAGUCGGGGGACGACCUUCCCCAAGACAUCAACAUCUUGAGGUUUUUCUUCAACAUGGGCGUCAAGGCAUACUCCAUGCCCAUGUACCCCCCCUACAUUUACCUCCUCCCCCUCCAACAGGCCCACGCUAUGCAACCAAAGCUCCCCUCCCGCUCCCCCUCCCCAAACCCUCAUUUCCCUCCAAACAGGCACCAGGAGGCAUACCCUCCCAACCAUCAGACUUCAGUGCCAACACAGCAUCAUUAUGGCCACCAAGCCGCACUCACUGAAGCCCACCGUCCCAGUGAACCCUCCUUCAACCAGGCCGGGUACCACGUCACCCAGCCUCCACCCCACAGGAUGCCCUGCAACUCGCCGCAAUGGCGACAGCACCCGAUGCCCCCACCCUCAACCUCCAGCUACCAAGUUGGGUAUCCUACGUCAACUUCACCAUACCAGCUUCCUCCUCCUUCUCAGGGGUAUCACCCAGGUCCAGGCACAGGUCACCCGUUUUACCCCCCAACGAUGACUCCAUACCCCCCCUCCCCGCUGGGAUACCAGUCCUCUUCCAACCCUGACGAGCUCCAGGGGGCGAUGGAGCAGCUUCAGCCAACAAACGAAGAUGCACUGUCUGGUCAUGGGCCUGGUCAGGUCCCUGGUCCUCUGGAUGGCUCUGCUGCUGCUAAUGUGGCUAAUGCUAACAACAACAGAAUGGUUGUUUCUUGUGUGAACAAUUUUGCACUGAAGGAGCAGGGGGAGAGCCAGAGGAGGACGGUUCUGCUGGUCGACCCGCCACUCAACAACACACCCAUACUCACUAUGGUCUCAAACUCUGAUGACCCUGGCUCCACGACCACCAUGAAGCCCAGCAGCACCCCAGGUACUCCAUCACCUUAUGGCAUCCUCCCCAAGGACACUGUCCCCGGCGACAACAACGCCAAACUCUAUCAGGCCCACCAAAAACAAUCGUACACCAACAAACCGUAUGCCAGACUGGGAGUACCGGAGCACGGCAGGCCGGGACAUCUGCAGACCGUGCCCAUGACAGAGGGCCUGUCCAUGGGCUGUAGCACAGAGGAUGACUGGGAGGAGAGGCAGGGAUUCAAACCGGCAAACCUGAAUCACAGAGGGUCAAAGAAGAUCUACAGAGGAGGGCGAGGUCGGGCCGGAGCCUAUGAUGGAGGUAGGGGAGGACAAAGGAGGAGGCAGGGAGGAGAUGGCUUUAACCACGGACAGUUUGGCCCCUCCCACCGUGGGCGAGGAUGGUGAUUAAAGCUCUCAGCCAAUGAGAGGACAGUGGAGUCUUUUUUGUUGCCUUAUUUACCUACUACUCGUUCUGAUCGCACUUUUUUUCUUGUUACCGCCUUGAGGUCUGAUUGAUGGGUUGGGCAAAUACACUUCGUUGUUCUGUGUCGCGUUCGCUGCGUCAAAAUCUUCCAGCCGAUUGUUCAAAGAAACACUAUCAAGCUCACUAUUAGCUAGCGAAUGAGUAUAGAGCGUUAGCAAGGGCAAGUUUACAUUUUACAAAACCUUGAAAAAUGGAUUUAAGGAAUAUCAGUGUUUUUGUGUUGGGCUGCAAUGAUUUUUUUUUUUAUAAAUAUAUAAUCUGUGAGUAAUUUGGUCUCGUUGCCUUUUGUCCGAAAAACAGAAAUCUCUCACCAAAAUGGUUUCUAGUUAUUGUUCUGUCACUGCUAAUGGUUGCAACUCUUUUGUUCUUUUCUUAGUGGAUUUUAAAAAGGUUAGUAGUGCUGCGUAGAAUCUUCCGACACGUCGAAUUGACACUGGAUGAGAACAUCACAAAUGUUUGUGCUCGGAAUUUAAGUUUGAUUAACGUAGAAUUUAUGCGAUUCUGCCGAGAUGAACGAGGAGGUUGAUAGCACAGUUUAGCACAGACGGAAAACGGCACAGGUUCAUUAUUGCAUUUUAUGUGUAGGUUAAACAAACGGCUAGCUUAGGCUAACAUUAGCAAAAAAUGUAAACCUGAACAAAAACGUUAAAACCACAAAAUGUAAUUUCUAUGCCUCUGCCGUUGCACAUAUUAAAUAUCUGAUGGAAUAUGGCUGCCUGUUUCUUGGUGUUUGUUGAUGCUACGCUAAGCUAGCGAUGGUUUUACUUUAGCUUCACAUUUAGCAUUAGCAGACAGUAUCAAUUUUCUUAUGACUGCAAAAAUCUAAAUUCCUAUUAAUCAUAGGUGAUGCAACAUGUCCAUAAAGCACUCCACGUUCAAGACUGUGUGUGAACGUGUGACAAACUUUGUAUUCAUAAUAUACAAAUAGUUUAUUAGGCUCUUCAGUGAGUAGCGUUGCCAAAAAUAUAAACAGAUUCAUAUUUGGAUUAAACCAACCGAUUGUUCUUGACGAAGGCCUUAAGAAAAUUUGUAUUGCUGCUAUAAAGUUUACGGCAGCCAAACUGUAUGUGGACUUUAGAAUUUAGUUUGUGUUGCGGAUGGUUUCAUGUCCCCUCUGAAUAGUUUUAGUAUUUCUUUCACCUUGCUGGGUUUAUUGUUCUUCUGAUUGACUGUAGAGAUUCAGUGCCUUACAUUUGUCACUUUUAGCCAUCUUAAUUAUUUUUCUUCUGAGAUUGAGAAACACUGUUGUACAGAACAAAGGCUGUUUGUUUUCUGUGUGACCGAAUUAAUAAAUCUUUGGUUUAAAAAAGGAAACGUGGAGAAACUCAUUUUGUGAUUUGAAUGCUUGAAAUAUUUUUUGAAAAUUCUUGAAUAAACUUACAGAAGAAAGAUA